AAUGAUCAAUCAGAAGAGCAAAAGUAGCAUUUGGGAUUAGAUCAGCUGGACAAACGAAUUCACAAAUGAUUUAAAGUGAGUUGGUUGACGCUUGGAAAUGGGGAGCCCGAACAAUAAACGCAUAAUCAAGAUCCAUUUGUAAAGUUGAGGGGGAGGCGUCGAGUCAAACUCAAAUCCGAUGACUUAAUUAUGACAAGGUACUAUAAAUCGUCGGGGAAGAAAUCGGUAAAGCGCCGUCCACCAAUUCCCAAUCCGACUAAUCUCCACGACCACACCAAUUACAAGAUGGCCGCUUUACUUGUUUCAGCUGCUGCUUUUGCGUAUGCUCUCACUCUCAUUUUUCUCUCCAUUUCUUCCAACUCGCUCGGUUUGGAGCCGAGUAUUGAUCGCAUUUACGACGUUCAAGUUGUCAAUGAGUUUCCUCACGAUCCCGAUGCCUUCACUCAGGGGCUUUUGUAUGCAGGAAAUGAUGCCCUUUUUGAAUCUACGGGACUCUAUGGACAUUCGUCGGUUCGGAAAGUUGCUAUUCGGACAGGGAAGGUUGAGGUUAUGCAUAAAAUGGACAACUCUUACUUUGGGGAGGGUUUGACUCUUCUUGGUGACAGGUUGUUCCAAGUCAAUUGGUUGACGAAAACUGGUUUCAUAUAUGACAGAAAUAACUUGAGCAAAGUUAAGAUAUUUAAUAAUCAAAUGAAAGAUGGGUGGGGAUUGGCAACUGAUGGACAAGUUCUAUUUGGAAGUGAUGGAACAUCAACCUUGUAUCAGAUUGACCCUCAGACAAUGAAAGUUGUUAGAAAUCACACUGUCAAGUUUAAAGGAGAUGAAGUAUAUAACCUGAAUGAAUUAGAGUUCGUGGCUGGCGAAGUAUGGGCCAAUGUUUGGGAGACUGACUGCAUUGCAAGAAUCUCGGGCAAAGACGGUCUUGUCUUGGGAUGGAUAUACCUUCCAAAAUUGAGGAAAGGGCUCGUAGCAUCUGGAAACUCUCAGAUUGAUGUAUUGAAUGGCAUCGCCUGGGAUCAGGCGCAAAACCGGAUUUUCAUAACUGGGAAGUUAUGGCCGAAGCUAUAUGAGAUAAAGCUGCAACGGCUGAAGAAGCCAUUCAAAGGCGACAUCAAGAAGCUGUGCAUGCCGCCUGCUGUCCAUUUUUGAUGAAAGGAUUCCAGCUAUGUAUAAAUUCAUCUUACCAAAGUUUUGACAAAGUGGCUGUUGAUUCACUGUAGAUUAUUUAUACCAAAAGAUACUAGUACAAGUAGAAUGUCAAGAACUGCUGGCUUCAUUAGUUUCUCCAAACAAACCUCGUUCACAAUCAAGGCCACAUUUAUAAUUGAGCUACCACAAUUAGAUAGGAACAUUUAGUUCACUUCACAUUUAGGCCACAUUUUUAUUUUCAUAGACUGGAGGGAGUAAAUAAAUUGAUAGGAACAUUUAGUUCACUUCACAAAUAAAAUAAACGUAGCUCCCAACAAUUGAGCUACCACCCAUAACAAUUCCUAGAUCAUCACUAAAGAUUUUGGUAACCAUUAUGUUAAAAUUAAAUUUGUCUAAUGAUAUAAUUUAAAGAUUAUUUCACAAUAAUAGUAGUAUUAUUUAUAGAUAGAUACAAUCCACUAUUUUCAUUUCCUUUGUUAGAUUGCAAAAUAUUUACUUUAUCUGUCUGGAUUAAGUUGAGUUAAAAUUUAUAGGGUCAGAAAUUAAAAAUUAUUGAAAAAAGAAAAGGAAAUAAAUAAAUAAAAAUAAAAAUAGAUAUUAAUGAAUAGGGAGUACUACUUACAAUAUAAUUGUGGAUCACUUUUAGUUUGUCUUUGCACUCAUCCCCCGUCUCAUCUCACCGGGUGAUCAGCUAUUUUAUCUCAUUUCUCUCUCAACGCGCCACUCAUUGCAGAGAAUCAAACACACUUCUCUUCAUUUCUUUAUUCUUAUCUAUUUUAUUUCUAAUUUCUUGUCCGGAGGCCUUCUUCGUUCUCCUUGAUUCCACCAGGGGGAAGGCCAUGUGAGUUUUUUGAGGCGGAAAAGAACUGUUACCGCUCAUAUUAAUUGAGUUACUCUUCUAACUGUUCUGUUAGUGGGUGGCAAAAGGUUGUGAAAGGUUGAGAACAAUGAUGAAGACAGGAUUAAUGAAUGCUUACCAGUUUUCACUUCUUUUAUCUCCUGUUAUUUCUUUUUGGGAAUGUAGUGUGCGCAAGAUGAGGUAUUCAUUCAGACCUGAGUGGGUGUAGGUGUAGGUGUAAGUUCUAUAGAUUUACUGCUUUAAUGUUUCCAAGUUUUGAAUUUUAGUUCAUUAAAGUAUUCAAUAACGUGUUUCGAAAAGAAAUGAAACAAAUUAGCUUUGGUAAUGCAUAUGCCAUAGGGAAGUAUUCUAGGGAAAACAAAGAGGAUAUUCUGGAAAUAUAUUAGGUUGUUAGGACUGUGUAGCGAUAGGGUUUGAGUUGAGUGUGAUUGGAUAUCAUGGAAGGUGCUAAAGUCACUACUGGUGUAAGGAAAGGCAAGAAGAAGCAGGUGAAAGACGAGAUUGAUCUAAUUAAACAGGCUGAGAAGAAAAAGAGACGCCUGGAGAAGGCAUUGGCUACUUCUGCCGCGAUCCGUUCUGAGCUAGAAAAAAAGAAACAGAAAAAGAAAGAAGAACAAGAAAGACUUGACGAAGGUGCUGCCAUAGCAGAGGCGGUUGCUCUGCAUGUCCUACUUGGCGAAGACUCGGACGAUUCAAGUGAACUAAUGCUGGAGAAGGAUGAGGGGCUGGCCUUGUGGGAUCAUGCUAACAACAUGGACAUCAUUGUUGGGAGACACUCUUUGGUUCCUUACCAAGAUUUCCCCAAGUGUUCCCUUGACAAUAUUGGAUUGGUUUCUGAUGCUCACAGAUAUGGGCAUAUGUGGAGUCACUGGGGUAACUCUAACCUGUUGGUCUUAUCUGAUCAUCUCUUUGGAAGAGACGUCUACCCUCAAUAUUUUUCUGAACAAGGAUGGGGCUCCGUGGGUUUAUCUGCUGGUCAUCUUGCUGCUCAGGCUGUUUCGUCACUUAAAAUAGCUGACGAUGCUCACAUUGAUGCUUAUAUGUUCAACCGGAUGCUGAGAGGAUGAAGAAGCAACAAAAAUCUGAGGCAAUCGGUCAAGUUGUUGUGCGAGCACUAGGUUCUGUUUGAAUAAUUUUAUGUAUAUACAUAUGGAGUGAGCUCGGCUGCCCCUUUUGUAUCAUCACAUUUUCAUACUUUGGCUUCAUAUUUAGUGUUUUUCAAUUA